UCUUUACUCUCCAUUAUAUUACCAUUAGCACUUUUAUUGGUUGCUUCCCUUACAUGUAUAAUUAAAAGUUUAAAGCAAUAUAUGAUGCCGGCUAUUCCAGAUCCAAAACAUAUAUUUUAUGGACUUUUCGAUGAACACCGUGGAAACUUUCAGGAGUGGAUAAUUUCAUUGGGAAAUGAAGCAAAGCUGGAAAAGCAUGAAUGUCUUGAUAAAGAAUGUGUCGUAGAGGAACUUAAUGAUGAAGAAAAAGAGACACAACUGUCUGAUGGGGAUCUGACAGAAACUCAUCAUGCUGAGAAAGAACUUAUUGAAAAUGGCCUAAAUGUCCCAGUGCCACUUGUGCAAACUGGUUCUAUUGCUUGUUUUGCAAAUGUCACUUUCACAAUGAAUGACAGUAUGUAUAUCAUGAUUUAACAUUUAGAACCAAUUAACCCCAAAUAGCUGGUGCCUGGCCAAUUACCUCUACCCUAAUUAUAUUUUAUCACUGUUUUACUAUUACAAAGGGUAAGUGAUAUGGAUUAUACAACUAGUUUGUAUAACUAGGCCUUGUUUUUUUUUAAUCAAUUAUACAAUUUGUAUAGUGCUGCACAGUAUUAUGUUGCAUUGUCAAUAAAAGAUGAUAAAAGAUGAUAAAAAAGUCAAUUUAAAACUUUGAUUGU